AUGUUCUUGAAGAAAGGUCGUAAAUAUGGUCGUCCUCGUCUGAGUCUAACUCAUGGGACUGUGCCUCAGGAAGGCAUGAACGAGGACUUGUUCAAAACUUAUGAUCAGGCCAUCAGUACCAUCUAUCAGCACGCUAAAGCCAGGAAUGAAGUAUUAGGUAAUGGUGCUACUUAUCGAGGAAGGAGACAAGGCCACAAGUUCGGGCGAAUGUAUGCUGCAGGAUUCCGUCCUGGGUAUGAUCGUAUUGUCAAAUGUGAUGCGACCGAUGGAGUUAUCCAAAUGCUUUGGAAUUCUCAAAUCCAUCAUCAAACUACCGCCUCCAAGACUUUCAACGCCCAAAACGAAAGGAUUCCAGCUGGAUCUGCCGAAAUUACUCGAUUCGCAUGUUCAUGUCAAAUUUCGCAGGCCUUAGUUAAUCGACUUAAUACAGUCCAAUCUCUGCAAUCCAUGAUGUCCGAAUCCGAAUGGAUCAGUUAUCAAGCAUCUGUCUUGACCGGUUAUAAAGAACAAGCUCACCAAAAGAUGAAGGCACUUGCAAUCAAGUAUGGGAUUUGGCAAGAGGACUUUUAG